AUACAUUUACACCGACUUAACAGCCUAAAAACACCUACGUCCAUUAAAACACCGAGUCAAGAGAGAUCAAGCGCCAGUUUUAGAUCUACUACCGUCUUCUGCCCCACCGCGAUAGACCUACAAUCAUUCAAAAUGCCCUCUUCCACCGACAACGUUCCCCAGCCGCAACAAACAAUGGAGAUGGUGCCCCCACAGGACGCCAUCAUCUCCCAGCAGCCUGAACAUUGCGCGGCGGCUUCGUCGAGGAGUGCAGCUGCUGCUGCUGUUCAGAGGAGUGCGCUUGCUGCUAGAGAUCUUACCGCGCCAUGGGCCCGACGAGCUCGGCAGAGGUGAGAUGUGCGAAAUGAUUCCAAAGAGCUCGGUCAGGCUUGAGAGGGAGAGGCCGCUGGCCGAGAUGAGGUCUGCCUGAGUGCCCUCAGUAGUCAACUUCGUUCAUGCGGUUGAAUUGAAUCAGUUUCUUGUCAUGACAAGUCGAAGAUUGGCCGCCUUACGACCGGAUGUGAUGUCUUGUUUCUUGCUGCAACAACAUGAAGAGAAGCGUCGAAAGGAUGUAUAACCUUGAUCCGAGUGAUCCCUCAUCGCGUCAACUUCAGGCCGGCCCUACAGUUUGCCAUUGGGAAUUAGGUGUACACGUACUCGGUCUGAUUGUUGAGGAUACUUGCUGUGGUGACGACCAACCUGGCAUACGAAUCUCCACUUAGAAUCUACGUCUUGAUAC